ACAUCGUUUCAAUUGUUCUCAGUUUUACUCUUCCGCUUCCCUCCCUGAACCAGAACUCUCCUUCGUAUCUUCUCCCUUUCUAAUCAGAGAAUCCACAAAUGGCGACCACGUCACUCACUGAGUUGGAUGACGAUUACGUACGCAGCAUGUCCAUUGGAGCCGUUUUCUCAGAUUUUGGUGGGAAAAUAAAUUCGGUUGAUUUCCAUCGGAAAGACGAUUUGUUGGUCACUGCGAGUGAGGAUGAUUCUGUUCGGCUUUAUGACAUUGCAAGUGCUAAGUUGCUUAAGACAACUUAUCACAAGAAACAUGGUGCUGACCGCAUUUGCUUUACCCACCAUCCUAGCUCUGUUAUUUGUUCCUCUAAAUACAAUUUGGAUUCUACUGGUGAAUCUUUACGGUAUCUGUCAAUGUAUGAUAAUAGGUGCCUUCGCUACUUCAAAGGACAUAAGGAGAGAGUUGUUUCUCUUUGCAUGUCCCCGAUCAAUGACAGUUUCAUGUCUGGUUCACUUGACCACAGUGCCAGAAUAUGGGAUCUUCGAGUAAAUGCUUGCCAGGGAAUUUUGCGCCUACGUGGUAGACCUACUGUUGCAUAUGACCAACAAGGUCUUGUCUUCGCAGUGGCAAUGGAAGGGGGUGCUAUUAAAUUGUUUGACUCACGUUCCUAUGACAAGGGUCCCUUUGACACCUUUUUAGUUGGUGGCGACACAGCUGAGGUUUGUGAUAUUAAAUUCAGCAAUGAUGGCAAAUCAAUGCUCUUGACGACCACAAGUAACAAUAUUUAUGUUCUUGAUGCAUAUGGAGGAGAGAAGAAAUGUGGUUUCAGUUUGGAACCAUCACCGAAUACUACUAUAGAGGCAACUUUUACUCCGGAUGGCCAAUAUGUUGUAUCAGUGCAAAUAAUAAGAUGCCCAAGCUACUUGGAUAUCAUUGCUUGAGAUUAGAUGGUCGUGGGUGUGCAGAUGUAUGUAAUUCAGCUCUGGCAUUAGAUAUUCCACUUGAGAGCGCCUGCUGUAAUGCAGUACAAUCAGCAUUUAUUUUGUUUUUGUAGUUGGAAAGUGCCAAGAGAGGUCAUAAGUUUCAAGGUCAUAUUUUAAAAUCUGAUAGUGCUUUGUGCAAGUCUAACAUUUCUUAUAUGCUGUAAAGCAUCUGUUUAAAGUGGUGGAACUUAGCAGCUAAUCUGUUUAGUGAUCAACCUUGCUGAAGUUCUAGUUUAUGACCAUGAAUAGUUUUAAUGCUAUAUGUCUGUGACUCUGUGUCCUCAGUAGUUUUAUUUUCUCAAGCAUUCUCGACUUUGGGUUUUGAGACUAAUGUUAAUUAGCUUAUGCUAAUGAGAAAAAUAAUUGUUCUCUGCUAAUUGAUUAAUGAUGAGCUAAUUCAUGAUGGUUUUAGCAUGUAUUAAACUGUUCUCUGCAAAUUGAUUCAUGACCCUCUGUUUGGAAUCAAAAAUUUUAUAAAAAUUCAAUUCAAUUAAUUUCUUUUCUUGCAAAAUUCUUGUUUGGAAUAAAAGAAUUUAAAAUUUUUUAACUUCGAAAGAUUUUCAUUAUGUAUGAAGAUGAAAUUAUGAAUGAUUUUGCAAAUUCAUGCCAAACGAGGGAACAAGAUAAUUCAUGAUGAGAUAAAAUGUUAUAUAUAAAUGCCACUUUAACUGUCCAUUCAUGUUUCUUUA